UGUGCAGCUACUGUGGAAGUUAACUUUAGUUUGCAAACAGCGUAUCUUAAGAAUUAAUACACGAAUCAGUCAGUAAUCUUACAGUAGAAGUUGAUAUUAUCGGUUGGUUACAUAAACAACUACUGAACGUACGGACCAUGAAGUCGUUUACGUUGGCCAUCGUGGCCAUCUUGUUCGCAAGAAGUGAUGCAGUGCCUAGAAUCACUAAACAGACUAAGCAAUUGAAGGAUUUCACCCUAAACGAGGUCAUUUCCAGCCAAUUAAAUCAGCUCAGUUUCAACGGCACUUGGUUGACUGGCAAUGAAUUCAUCUUCAGUAACCAGAAGGGAAACUAUGUCAAGUACAACAUCGAUAGAAAAUUAAAAACUACUGUUCUAAAAGCUAGGUUUUUGAAAAAGUGGCCCGAUGUUUCUGUGCACUUUAUUACACCCGAAGUGGACAAGGUAUUAAUCCAAUAUGACGCCCGUACUGUCUUCAGACAUUCAACACUCUCCAAAUUCACCGUAUUGGAUAUAACUUCUGGCAUUUCAUACGACGUAGCCAACGCUGAAGAAAUAUCUGUGUGCAAAGUUUCUCCUAAUGGGAAAUCUUUGGCAUACGUGAAAGAUAACAACGUUUAUUAUCGUGCAAAGAUUUUGAGCACAGUGGAAAUUCCCUUAACAACCGAUGGAGUACCAGGAGUUAUUUAUAACGGAGCAUCCGAUUGGGUUUAUGAAGAGGAAGUUUUCGAAACUGAUACCGCGUUUUGGUUCUCAAACGAUGGAAGUCACAUUGCAAUGGCUAGUUUUAACGACACCAACGUGAAGGAGUAUUCGUACCAAAUGUAUGGCGAACCAGGUGAUCCCGAAACCCAAUAUCCUGUAGAGCAUAGACUCCGGUACCCCAAGGUCAACACAACUAACCCUACAGUUCAUCUAAAGGUCAUGAAUCUAGCGAAUACCAACGAAUGGAUCGAACUACCUGCACCAGAAGAUAUUGUCACCGCUGAUCAUAUCCUCGGCGUAGUAAAUUGGAUUGGAACGGAUUUGGGGGCAAUCUGGUUGAACCGAAGACAGAACAUAGCGACAUAUCAACGCUGUAAUGUGCAAUCGACGGCUUGUACCGAGAUUGUCAGAUUCAACGAACCAAAAGGCUGGUACAUUUUGAACAAACCGAUCUGCACCUCAAGCGGCGAACGAUGCUUCUUACUAGCAAAUUCUAGCGGUUGGCAGCGAGUCUGGGAAAUCAACGGAAACAAUGUAAACAGCGACAAGUCCCCAGAACGGUAUACCGUCUCUAGCAUUAUUGGCUAUGAUGAAAUCAAGGGCCACCUGUACUACACUGCAGUUCCUGCUAGUGCCCCCCAAACUCGUCACGUAUAUCGCGAUGGACAAUGUCUAACGUGCAGCUUGCUGAAAGACAAUUACAGCAACAAUACCCCCUGCACAUACGCCAGCGUAUCAUUUAGUACCGACUACUCAUAUUUUGUGGCCACCUGCUCAGGACCUACCCCAUCGUACUCUCAAAUCUACCGCACCAGCGAUCUACGCCUCCUCGUUGAAUGGGAAUCGAACGAAGCACUACGCACUCAACUAGCGGCAUACAAGGAAACCGAAGUCCGAUUCCUCAAGGUCCCGGUCAAGGGUGGAUUCGAAGCUUCCGUUCGGUUGUACCUCCCAGCCGAAAUCGACUUUGAAAAACCAGAUAAAAUCAAGAAAAAGUAUCCAAUGAUCGUUCAGGUGUAUGGCGGACCGAACUCCGCUCAAGUUAUCGAUACUUUCACCAUUGAUUUCGGAAACUAUCUGACCACGACGAAGAAGACUAUCUACUGUCAGAUCGAUGGACGCGGCACCGCCAAUCAAGGUUACGCCUUUCUGUUCGCACUCAACAACCGGCUCGGAACAGUGGAGAUUAAGGAUCAAAUCGCGGUGACUAAAUAUCUGCAGGAUACCUACAGUUUCAUCGAUCGGAAACGGACGGGAAUCUGGGGUUGGAGCUUCGGUGGUUUUGUGACGUCAUUGACACUGGAGAAGGACAGCGGACGUGUGUUCAAAUGUGGAAUCUCGGUUGCGCCGGUUACCUCGUGGAUGUUCUACGAUUCAGUCUAUACGGAACGGUACAUGGGGUUGCCCCAAGCUGGCGACAACAAGAAGGGAUACAGAAAAGCCGACGUCAGUAAGUAUGUGAACGGAAUGCGAAAUCACAUGUUCCUGUUGAUUCAUGGCAAUGCCGACGAUAAUGUGCACUAUCAGAACUCGAUGGUGUUUGUUCGCGCACUUGUGGACGAAAAUAUCGAGUUUCAACAGAUGUUUUAUCCUGAUGAAGAUCAUGCACUCGGCGGUGUUUCGGAACAUUUGUAUCAUACGAUGGAUAAGUUCUGGAAUGAAUGCUUCACUGAACAAAGUUAUGUAUAGCAUUUCAUGUUCAACAAACAGUGCAAUCAUUCAAUAUUUGGAAUACAU